CGUGCCUCGGUAGGGAGGAGAGCGCCUGCGUUCUGUUUUGCCCAGCUGGGUUAACCACAGCUACGCCCUGGUCACAGGGGAAAUGCAGUAUGUCUGCUGUCAGUCACCUCAACCUUAUCACAGGGUCCGGCAGAGAUGGAGUCACCGAGUUUCAGAGCCUGUGUCAACCCGUUGGUCUGUUUUCGGCUCCACCCUAGGGUACUCCGGGAGACUGCCACUGAGUUGCUAGUUGCUCUGGGGUGGCAGCAGGAAGCGAGAGUGAGGCGACUUUGGUCUUGGCCACGUAAAAGUUAAAACCAGUAUGUUUCAGUGAUUGAUGAAACGCAGAUUGGAUAUAAAGCGCCACCAUUUCUUGAACCUAGCUGGUAGUUCCACCCGGCCAAGCACUCCGCUCCACCUCUUAACCCUCAUUGGUCAAAAGCGCCGUCCCGCAGCUCUGAGAUUGGCCACAACCAGCAGCUACCGCAUCCAAUGGGUGGUGGCGCCAGCUUUCCCGCGGCGGUUCGUUAUUUGGUAGCGUCGUGGCGGCGGAGGCGGUUGAAGUGUGAAACGGCCACCUGGCGCCAGUGAGAGCAUGGCGGCCUUGGGGCCUGGAGGCUGUGUGCGGAACGACGCAGUCGAGAAGCUGCCAGCUAUCAUGGCGGGAAUUCCAGCGCGGAGGGACCAGCUCCCGCCCCCCGCUCCCACGCUCUGCCUCCGUCGGCGGCCGCGACUUCCUGCAGCGCCUGAGGAUGCAGUGCAGAACCGGGUGUCAUUGGAGAAGGUGCUUGGCAUCACAGCCCAGAACAGCAAUGGCCUAACCUGUGAUCCCAGCACAGGCCAUGUGGCCUACCUAGCAGGCUGUGUGGUGGUGAUUUGACCCCAGGAGAACAAGCAGCAGCACAUUUUUAAUGCUUCCAGGAAAUCUCUGAGUUCUCUGGCCUUCUCCCCUGAUGGGAAGUACAUAGUGACGGAGAGGUGAAACGGGCAGAGGUCCUACUGUUGCGAAUCUGGGGAUGUGGAGGAGAAGAGUCAGGUGGCAGAGAUGUUGGGCCACAAGUACGGCGUGGCCUGUGUGGCCUUCUCCCCCAAUAUGAAGCACAUUGUGUCCAUGGGCUACCAGCAUGACAUGGUACUCAACGUCUGGGACUGGAAGAAAGAUGUUGUGGUGGCUUCCAAGGUAUCGUGCAGGGUGAUCGCCAUCUCUUUUUCAGAGGACAGCAGCUAUUUUGUCACAGUUGGCAACCGGCAUGUGAGGUUCUGGUUCUUAGAAGUGUCCACUGAAGCAAAGGUAAGGUUUUUUCCCUGCCACCGUGACGGGACGGUGCCCCUCCUAGGGCGCUCAGGUAUCCUGGGUGAGCUGCACAACAAUGUCUUCUGUGGUGUGGCUUGUGGCCGAGGUCAAAUGGCAGGCAAUACCUUCUGUGUGUCCUACUCGGGUCUUCUCUGCCAGUUCAAUGAAAAGAGGGUGCUGGAGAAGUGGAUCAAUCUGAAGGUCUCCCUCUCAUCCUGCCUCUGUGAGCAGGAGCUCAUCUUCUGUGGCUGCACCAAUGGGAUAGUGCGCAUCUUCCAGGCCCACAACCUACACUACCUUGCCAACCUGCCCAAGCCGCACUACCUAGGAGUGGAUGUGGCCCAGGGCCUGGAGCCCAGCUUCCUCUUCUGCAGGAAGGCAGAAGCAGUCUACCCAGAUACAGUGGCACUGACCUUUGACCCCACCCACCAGUGGCUGUCCUGCGUGUAUAAGGACCACAGCAUCUAUAUCUGGGAUGUCAAAGACAUCAACAAAGUAGGCAAGAUGUGGUCGGAGCUCUUCCACAGCUCCUACGUGUGGAACGUGGAGGUGUAUCCUGAGCUUGAAGAUCAGAGAGCUUGUCUACCAUCAGGAUCUUUUCUGACUUGUUCUUCAGAUAACACCAUUCGCUUCUGGAACAUGGAUAGCAACCCUGACUCUCCCUGGCAGAGAAACAUCUUCAGUAAUACCCUACUGAAGGUAGUGUAUGUAGAGAAUGACAUUCAGCAUCUGCAGGAUAUGUCACACUUCCCAGACCGGGGGAGUGAGAAUGGGGCACCUAUGGACAUGAAAGCCGGAGUACGAGUCAUGCAAGUCAGUCCUGAUGGCCAACACUUGGCUUCAGGUGACCGAAGUGGAAAUCUGAGGAUCCAUGAGCUGCACUUCAUGGAUGAGCUGGUCAAGAUGGAGGCCCACGAUGCUGAGGUGCUAUGCCUGGAGUACUCCAAGCCUGAGACUGGGUUGACCUUGCUGGCCUCGGCCGUAGGGAUCGGACUGAUCCAUGUGCUGAACGUGGAGAAGAGCUACAACCUGGAGCAGACCCUGGACGACCAUUCCUCCUCCAUCACGGCCAUCAAGUUUGCAGGCAACAGAGACAUCCAGAUGAUCAGCUGUGGGGCUGACAAGAGCAUCUACUUUCGUAGUGCCCAGCAGGGCUCAGAUGGGCUCCACUUUGUCCGCACCCACCAUGUGGCAGAGAAGACCACCUUGUAUGACAUGGACGUUGACAUUACCCAGAAGUACAUGGCUGUGGCCUGCCAGGACCGCAAUGUGAGAGUCUACAACACCAUGAAUGGAAAGCAGAAGAAGUGCUACAAGGGCUCCCAAGGCGAUGAAGGGUCCCUGCUGAAGGUCCACGUGGACCCCUCAGGCACCUUCCUAGCCACAAGCUGCUCUGACAAAAGCAUCUCAGUGAUUGACUUUUACUCGGGCGAGUGCGUUGCCAAGAUGUUUGGCCAUUCUGACAUCGUCACCGGCAUUAAGUUCACCUAUGACUGUCGUCACUUGAUCACAGUAUCAGGAGACAGCUGUGUGUUCAUCUGGCACCUGGGCCCAGAGAUCACCAACUGCAUGAAGCGGCACCUGCUGGAAAUUGACCAUCAGGAGCAGGGGCAGCAGAACACAAAGGAUGGGAAGUGGAGCAGCCACCCCAGGCAGGAGGCAUGUACAUCCAGCAAGAUUUGCUCCUUAAGCCCUGGAGAGCAGACAGAGGAUGAGCUGGAGGAAGAGUGUGAACCUGAAGAGCUGCUGAAGACACCAUCCAAAGAGAGCUUGGAUCCAGAUCCUCCGUGCCUGCUGACCAAUGGCAAGCUGCCACUCUGGGCAAAGCGGCUGCUGGGAGAUGACGAUGUGGUGGAUGGCUCAGCGUUCCGCACCAAGCACAGCUACCAGCCACAUGGUCGCUGGGCGGAGCGAGCUGACCAGGAGCCCCUCAAGACCAUCCUGAAUGUCCAUGACUUGGAUUGCUUCUUUACCCCCAUGAAGUUUGACAGCCUGGGGGACUCCAUUCUGGAUACAGUGGAGCCGCAGAGCCUGUCAGGUCUGCUGAGUGAGUCAGGGAGUCCCCAGGAAGAUGGCCAUAGGAAUCCCUCCUUCCUGCCCUUACAGAGGGAGUGUUCUGAAGCCAGAGAGGUCAUCAUCUCCCUGGAGGCAGAGGUGCCGGUCCCAGGGACGGACAGCAAGUGCAGCUGGAAAGUGGUGCAGGGGGAACCUGAAGACCAGCAAGGUGACUUCUAUCUCAGAGUCUCCUCCAUGGGCUCAAAGGAUCAGAGCAAACUGGAGGAUUCAGGGGAUUCCGAGGCCUACUUGGAAUGUACCUCCGCCACCAUCCAUUCCUCCCCUCCACACCUGGACCCAGACCCUCGGUUUGACAUGACAAUGAUCUCCAUACCAGAAUACCCAGGAACCGCAGAAGAGUUGUCCCAGCCUGAGGUACCAGGCAUAUCCAAUGGCUCCCUGCCCCAGACCCCUGAGCAAGAGAAGUUUCUCUGCCACCACUUUGAGACACUUACUGACGCCCACCCCGAGGAGCUCUUUCACGGAUCCCUAAGAGAUGUGACAGCCUCUGAGGAUGAGGACUCUCUAAAUCCCCGGCUAAGCAUCUCAGCCCAGUUCCACUCACGCCUCCAGAAGACAUCCAGGCUCAACCACACCUUCCCUUUCCGGCUGCCCUUGAACCUUCUGAAGUCCCCAGAGGUCAAAGUCAUAGACCUCGGGGAGAACCAGUCCAGAGCAGAGCCUCUGAGAGCAGGUACUGGCUAUGCCUUCCUGGACAGGACCAAUGUCCUCUCUGAGGGGAAGCCUAAGGAGCCCCUUGACACCCUGGAGGCCUGGUACCCACGGACCUCAUGCCUCACAGGACUGGCUUCCUGCGUCCCCUCUUUCUCAUUGCUGCCCACAGACAGGAAGCCUCUGACACCCACAGCCCUACCCACUCCAGGCCUCCACAGCUCCUCUACCUGCUCCUACAUGGAGGCUGCUGCCAGCUCCUGUGCCAAGAAGUCACACAGCAUCUCCCUUGAGGACAGUGAAGACCCUGUCCUGGCUGAAUUGACUAGACCCCUCUGCAGGCCCUCGUCCAUGGGGGACCUGGCCUCCUUGGACCAGGAGCUUCAGGCCAUCAUCACCACUACGGCAGCACCCAAUUCUGGCAGCAUGGGCCAAGAGCCUGCCCUGACAUCCCAGGGCAACCAUGAGGCCUGGGCCAGCCUCAGACAGACCCUGUCGGGUGUCUGUGACAGGCUCUUACUGCCCCCACCCCCACAGGAGUCACCUACUACUUGUGUUGGGUCCCAGGAACCUGUGGCCAUGCAGCCUGAUGCCACAGUUACAACAGCUAGCUUCCCAGCUCCCAUAGAUGUGAGCUCCCUGAGGCUCCACAGCUCCACCUUUCUCCCAAGGCUUCUGGCCCCUGGGCCCCUCAACAGCCCUGCCCACCCUGAUGGCCUCUCACUUCCAGAGGCCAUGCCAGGGGGCCCUGGGGGCAUCACCCCCCUCCUGGAGCUCACCCCUGAUGUGCUCAGUGUGGUCCGGGACAGCCCCGAACACUGCGGGGAGCCUGGGGUGCCAGCUGCAGUCCUUUCCCCAGCUCCCCUUGAGCUGAGCAGUGUGGGGACCAUCGUGCACAAACUGAAGGCAGCCUUCCAAGAAGCCCUGGACCUUUACCACCUGAUGGUCUCCAGUGGCCAGCUGAGUACCGAGCAGCAGCAGGCACGGACUGAGCUGGCCUCCGCCUUCCUUUGGAUCCACAGCCAGUUAGAGGCCAACGACUGGCUGGUUGGGAGUGAUGCGGCCCCAGCCCAGGCCCUGCCCAGCCCAGGUCCUCUCUCCCCACCUACCUUGUGCCCUCUGGCUAGCCCAGAUUUGCGUGCCCUGCUGGAACACUACUCGGAGCUGCUGGUGCAGGCUGUGCGGAGGAAAGCACAGGGGGACUGAGGGCCAGCAGCCCUGCUAUUUUCUGACAAAAUAGGUAUUUUAAGCAAAUAAAUGGACAACUUGGAGGAAUGGUUCCUGGUGCCUAUCCUGGCACAUCCACAAAGCCCCUCUUCAGGUGGGUGUAGGGUGGGAGGGUAGAGGGCAUUGCCUCUGGUGGACCAGCCCAGGAAACUCUCGUAAGCCCUGAUGCUAGGCCCUGUUCUCAGAAUCUGUCCGUGAGAUCAUGGGACCAACAUCCCCAGGAAGUUUGGGAACUGCAGUCAUGAUGAUCCCAGCACCUGGUUUCCAUGUCGCUUAUCCCCAGCCCACUGACCUGUUGAGGGAUCACGUGUACUCCUUGCCCAGUGGGGCCCAGCUGUACCCCAGGAAAGGGCCAGUCCUUCCCUACCCUUCCUGAUGCCCAAGAACCCAGUGGAGCUGCUGAGAUCACCAUGUACCAGACCCUGGCCACCAGUGCCACACCACUGGCCCCUGGGCAAGGCCCAUGCCAGGUCCUCCGAGGUCCAGGCUUUCGUCCCUAUCUGCAGCAGGGGAAAUUGAGGAGAGAUAAACAGGCUUAUCCACUGGACGAUCUGGGCAGCAUGCCCGGGCCACCCAGCAGCUGGAACAGUAAUUUCUUCCCCAGCAAGAGGAUUGUGUCCAAUUUCAAGGUCCGAUGAGCUCCCAGCACUGAUACCAGCUUCCCCUGGCAGCAGGCAUCUAGCCACAUGGCAUGUCUGCUAAGAGGGCCACUCUCUUGUGACCACAGAAGCCCCCACUGUCCCAAGUGUAUAAAAAGGGAGCCAGCAGGGGUGGGGCUCUCUCCUAAAGCACAGUUCUACCAUGCGGACUCUUGUGGACUGAACCCCCACUUGCCUGUUCCUCCCUGCUCUGUUUGCUGGUUAUGGCCCACCAGAAAUGUUCAGAGAGAAUCCAGUGUCUUGCCCAGGGUGCCACAGAGCUGAGACUCAAACCUAGGCAUGCCUGGUGGAAGAGCCGGGCCUUUGAACAUGAGGACAUGGCCCACUGCUGCCUCCAUAAACAUUGACUCACCUCAGAACCAAUCAUGCAGU